UUCGACCCAGGAAGAUACAGUGGAACACCUUCUUCACUGCCCUCGAUUUCAUUCUAUGUAUCUUCUAUGUAUUUCAUUCAUUUCAGCGCUAUGUAUCUUACAGCGCUCGCGUCAGACUAGAGAGUGCCGUUCGUAGGCUGAAUAUUCCCCGCCUCACAGUUGCCGUUCUCCUUGACGGGGCAGGUGCGAGAGACGAAGACGUCCGUCAUGACAUCCUUCGCCAUACCUUCCGCUUCAUCCGUCAUGUCCGUGGCCUGAAGAGACUAUAAAAUAUGUAGCCUGACGACAUUGUAGGAUCUAUGGCCUGAAGGGACUAUAGGGACCCCAUCCCUCCGCUAUUUCCCGGUAUCGGGCAGCCGGGGCGCAUCCGAUCCCACGAUCGUCGUCGCCCCUAAGUCAACACCACAACAUCAUAACAAACAGCAAGUUGCUCGAGACAGGCUACAGUCUCGUCCGUAGGUUGGAGACAGGCUACAGUCUCGUCCGUAGGUUGGAGACAGGCUACAGUCUCGUCCUUCAUCAGCAAGCUGUUCCAAGUGUGAAUCCUAAAUAUUUAGAAGUUUUAUGUAAAGAAUUUCAAGAAUCUAAAAUUUACAAUCUAGAGAGCAGUGAUGGAAGAUAAGAUAUUGAGAGAUAUUGUUCAAUUGCUACAAGAUGUACAAUGGUUGUAUAACUUUCCUGUAACUCAGGUUUUCACUAGAAAUGUGUUUUCAAAAAUGCCAGAUGAAUGGAAAGAAGCGCUGUCUGAACUUCCACUUGAGGUUCUAAAUGGCAUUCCCCAGUUUAAAAGUCAGGUACACUGGCCAUCUUCCCUUAAGUCAUUUUUGGAAUCAUGUGAGAGACUUUCCUUGCAACAUCUGGCUGUUCAUCACCAUAGGCAGUCCAUGGCAAUAUUGGGCUCCCAGAAUGUGCAGCUGCCACAGAAAUUUACACAUGGAAUGUCUGUGAAAAAGAAACACGAAGUCACAUCUCUCUUGAGUUUAAUGAAACGACUUUCAGAGAUUACUCAAAGUGUUCACGUCCUUGAUAUUGGAAGUGGCAUAGGAUAUAUGGACACACUUCUUCACUGCAUGCUCAAGCUUACUAUCAUUGGGGCUGAAAGUGAUAAUAAGAAUGUAAGAAGUGCAAAUAAGAGACAGAGGGAACUCUUGGGCAAGUGUAGAGGUGUCCGGCACAUGACGUGGACUCUGGCAGAUGAUACCUUGACCAUUCGUAAAGCCAAGGAAGUGCUAUUAGAGUUGAUUCACCGAAAUGAUAUGUGUACGUGUCAGCUUAAGAGGCAGUGUAUAACACCUGGUAACAUGAGUAAAAAUCCAUCAGUAGUUGUUGGUAAUGAAUGUGAAACCAAUGCAUCAGCGGACAGUGGUGAUCAGGCAGAAACAGCUGAAGGUAGUGUUCAUGCAGAGACAGGCAAAGGUCAUAAAGAAACAGCUGAAGGUGACAGUCAGGCAGAGAUAGCCAAAGGUGAUGAUCAUGCAGAGACGGCCAAAGGUGACACUAAUGCAGAGAUAGCCAAAGAUGAUGAUCACUCAGAGACAGCUGAAGGUGACAGUCGUGCGGAGACUGUUGAAGGUGACAGUCAUGCGGAGACUGCUGAAGGUGACAGUCAUGCAGAAACAGCUGAAGUUGAUGAUCAUGUAGAGGCUCUGGCUCAUGCAUUAGAUGGUUAUCCUCCCAAAUCUGCCAUACUCUUUGGCCUUCAUGCAUGUGCUGAUCUCUCCCCAAUCAUGAUCAAAAUAUUUAAAGAUUGUCCUGAAGCCUCUUCACUUGUAUUGCUGUCAUGUUGUUACCAUAAGAUGCAGCUGUUCAAGAAGGACAAAAUGAUGCAACUGCCCAAGAAGAACAAGAUGCAGUUGCUCAAGAAGAACAAGAGGCAGUUGCUCAAAGGGAAUAAGAAGCAGUUACUUAAGGAGGACAAGAAGGAGUUACUCAAUGAGAACACAGCUAAACAGAGUGAUGACAUAAAUUCCCCUAGAAAUUACAAUACUGAAAUGUCUUGCUCAAAUGCCAGUGGAAAUUAUGAAGACUCUGAUGAGAGCAGGAAUGUUAAACAGCAGUUUAAACAAUUAGGUUUUGAAGAAACAGAGAACAAAUUUACUGAUGAUAAUGGAGAAGAUUUUAUCAAUUUUCCCAUGAGCACAGCUUUAAAAAAUAUUCUUAGGGAAAAUGAGUUUCAAAUGUCAGUGUUUGGUUUGCGACUUGCAGCGCAGGAAUCAGGGCUACGAUGGAUUCACCAAACGGAGGAAAAUCAUGAAAAUCACAAGAGAAAUGUUGUGUAUAGAGCACUUCUUGAAGCCUUCUGUAUCAGAGAGGGCUUCACUUUGAGAAAACUCCGUCGUCGUUGUGUAAGGAAAUAUCAAUUUAUAGACUUUAGUGAUUAUAUUAAAAAUGUUACUAUGAAUUAUGAAUUUCUACCAUCAAAAGACAAUGUGCAUAUAGCAAGAUCGAAUAAAAGUAAAAAUUGUAGUAAAGAUGAUAUAUUAGUCAUACAAGGUAAGGAAAAUAGUCAUAAAGCUGUAAUGGGAGAAAACCUGCCCGAGACUACUGAGCCCUCGCCAUGUCAAAGUCAUGAGACAUUAGAGACACCGACCAUAACGCAAGACUAUAUCAAAUGUGCGUUAGAACAAUGUUAUGAGGACUACCACCACUUAUUUCCAUUGAUUGAGCCGCUCACUGGCCUGCAGUUGGCCUUACAGUCGGUGUUGGAGGCAUUAGUGCACGUAGACCGUCUAGUUUACCUGAAAGAGAGCGGAUUUGCAAAUGUGUGGAUGGAGGAGGUGUUUGAUGCCGAAAUGUCUCCCAGAAAUAUUGCUUUGGUUGCUGUCAGGUAA